GCCGCUGCCGCGGCCUCUGAACCAACAGCUAUUUCCUUGGUAGAACCAGAGAAAUGUGAGGUGUGGUGUUGCCCACAGAGUUAGGAACGCGGAGUGCCCUUUGGGCACCCACAGACUAUGGAGGAGAGUGAAAAUUUGCUGACGAGGAGGCUGGACGACCAGUCGCCUGCUGCCGCUUCUGGGAUCGGCCGACAGAUAUCAGUGAGAGAGUUGUCUUGCCACUGCUGCUAUGAUAUCCUUGUUGAUCCCACCACUCUGAACUGUGGGCACAGCUUCUGCAGACAUUGCCUAGCGUUGUGGUGGACGUCCUCCAAGAAGAAUGAGUGUCCCGAAUGCAGAGGGAAAUGGGAAGGGUUCCCCAAGGUUAACAUCCUCCUCAGAGAUGCCAUUGAAAAGCUGUUUCCAGAUGCCAUUGAGCAGCGGAAAGAGGAUAUCCGGCAAAACAGUGACGUGUCCUACAGCCUUGCUGCCUUUCAGAAAUACGGCAGCGAUCAGGCAUCUGCGGCUCCAAACGUAGUGAGAGUUAAUCCUCGAGGAGGCGGGUUUUUCUCGGGCGUUCUGACAGCUCUGACAUGCGUGGCGGUGGUUUUGCUUGGCUAUCACUGGAGCAGCUGGGAUUCAGAAGAUGAUCUCCUCGUGCACAAGCCUGUCGCCAAAUGGACCUCCGAGGAGGUGAUCCACUGGCUCGGACAGCUGGGACCCUGGGCAACUCUCUACAAGGAGAGCUUUUUACACGAGAGAGUGAACGGAAGGCUCCUUUUAACACUGACCAGUGAGGACCUGGCAAGGGCUCCUUACUCCGUGGAGAACAGUAGCCACAGGAAGGCCAUCGUGAUGGAGCUGGAGCGUGUGAGAGUCCUGGGGAUGAAGCCGCCACAGAACCUGUGGGAGUACAAGGCGGUGCAUCCUGGGAAGUCCCUGUUCCUGCUGUACGCCUUGAAGGGCUCCCCUCGCCUCACGCUGCUUUACCUGUACCUGUUCGACUACACCGACGUCUUCCUCCCCUUCAUCCACACCAUCUGUCCUGUGCAGGAGGGGGAGUUCGAGGACAUGCUCGCGAAGCUGCUGGACCUGAAGGAGCCUGCAUGGAAGCAGUGGCGGGAAUUCUUUGUGAAAUACUCUUUCCUGCCUUACCAACUAAUUGCAGAAUUUGCUUGGGAUUGGCUAGAGGUGCACUACUGGACCUCCCGUUUUAUCAUCGUCAACGCUAUGCUUCUGUCCGUGCUGGAGCUGUUCUCCUUCUGGAGGCUGUGGUCACGAAGGGAACUGAAGACAAUUCCUCACCGAAUGUGGAGCCAUUUCUGGAAGAUUUCAACCCAGGGCUUCCUGAUGGUGCUUUUCUGGCCCGUUAUUCCUCAGUUUGUGUGCAACUGCCUCUUCUACUGGGCCUUAUACUUUAAUCCGAUCAUCAAUAUCGACCUGGUGGUGAAGGAGGCGCGUCGCCUGGAAACACAGGUGCUUUGAUGGGCGGCUUGAGAGCAGCUUGCUGGUGUGUGAAGUCCUGGGCCAUCUGAUGGAAAGCCAUUUUUCUCCCUGCGAUAGUCAUGCUGAUGGGUUUUUUUGUUCGAUUAACAGCGUAUUUGCUUUUUUCCCCCCCUUUCUGCAGCAAGGGCUGGAGCAAGUGGGAGGGGAUGCGCUUUCCCUGGGGAGACAUGUGAUAAUCUCACUAUAGUCAGAGCACUUGCUUGGGGGUGGGGGCCAGGUGGCCGUGGCAGCCCCCUUCUGAAGCACGACAAAAUCUCCAAACAGUCGGGCUUCGUCGGAAGGGCUGUGUCGUGAAAGAAGUUGGUGUUCAAGCAGCUGUCGAGUAAACAGGUGGCCUGCUUCAGCUCUGGCUUGGCCCCCCUUCUCUCCUGCCAACUUUUCUGUCCUUUGGCAAAUGUUUCUCAUGCUGUGUCAGUUUUCUAGGUCUCUUUGGCAACCACAAUUAUUUUUUUAAGGGUGUCCUGCAUGUAAAUAUCGACUGUGGAAUGGUGGUUUUUGUAUAGACAUAAAAUGCCACCUUUACUGCCAUCGGUUAAAUGUUUGCCAAACUGAGAUUAUGUUCCUGUUAAAUGUGGUGUCCAUAAAAAAAAACCCUUAGACUCUGCAUUUAUAUCAAUAUGAUCUUCAGAUUUGCCUAUUAACAUUUUUACGAAUUAAACAAAGAUUUGUUUUCCAAUA